GUUCGGCGGUCCGGGCCCGGGAAUCGAGGGUGCCGUGCGCCUGCGUAUCCGCCCGCUUCUGCCGGAGUUCGGGAGUGGGAGGGGGGCUUUCGGGACUGGUGCGCAUGCGCCCCUCUGCCAGCCCGCGGCCUGAGGGGGGCGGUGUGAUAGGGCGAAGAUCGUGACUCCCGGAGCCCUGCGUUCCUCAAAAACCUGCCCCGCCGACUGUGCGGCACAGCGUCAGCACCCCCCCCCCCCUCCGGUCCCCUCCCCCACCGACCGACCCUGCACAAGGCGGAAACCCUCAUGGCCUGAGCUCCCGGGGGGGGCGCUGGUUACUCGGGUAAGGCCGAGGCCUGGGAGACAGCGGGGCCCUGCAGAGGAGCAGCACUUGGGCCAGAAGCAGCGACUGGUGACCACGGUCGGAAUCUUCCGUUUUCAUUGGGUGCCUUGUAUGCUGCCUGAAAAAGUGACAAGAUACCCACACUGACUCUUAGAAGGAAGGCCCACCAUAUCUUCUGCCCAUCAGGCAGUCAAGAGGACAGCGACGGGCCUUCUUGCCGACUGAGGACUCCAGGAUAGGACAUCCUGUCUGCCAAGAGCUGCCAGCCAAUCAGAGGCUGGCCGCUUUUGCACUGAGCAGUGCUACGGAGAAGGACUUUGCUGCUGCCAGAACAACACCCCUCCAGAGUCCCAGGACCGCGGAGCGACCCAGGAAAAAGCACUCCUGGGAAGUUGUCGGAAAUGUCCAUGGUCCUGUUUGCUUCAGUUGUGCGUGUCAGAGAUGGCCUUCCGCUUUCUGCUUCCACAGAUUUUGAACAGAACAAAGGAGUUCAGGAGGUCAAGAAGCAUCUUAAAGUGCUGUCUAAAAAGCUAGGGCAUCUGCCUGACCGAUGUACUCUGAAAGGUGUACAGCACAAUAUACAUUUUAUAAGCUCAUUAGGACUAGGGUAUAUGAUGAUCUGCUCUGAAAACUACCCAAACGUCCUCGCUUUCUGUUUCUUGGAUGAACUGCAACGAGAAUUCAUUACUUUAUAUGACACAAUGAGGAUAAACAUUGCUGUCAGGCCAUACUCCUUCAUAGAAUUUGAUAAUUUUAUCCAGAAGACCAAGCAGAGGUACAAUAACCCUCGGUCUCUAGCAACGAAGAUAAACCUUGCUGACAUGCAGACAGAGAUCAAAUUGAGGCCAUCCCAUCAGCUAACUAUGCUAGAUGUUGGAACAGUAAACGGAAGCGUAAACCCACAUGCUGCCCCUUAUAAGGGAAUAGCUCCAAAUCAGCGACUGGAACCAGUGACGCUGCCGGGAAUCAUAUCUUGUUUACUAUGUGUGCUGUGUGCAGCUUUAAAUCUAAUCCGUGGGUUUCAUGCAAUGGAAAACGUGUUUCAGGAUGAUGAGGAGGAAUUCAACAAUGUUGCUGUUUUUUUCAUCGGUACUGCUGCAUGUUUGUAUCAGUGUUACCUGCUGGCCUGCUACGUUGGACGGAGGAAUUUGAAAUCAUUCCUGAUGUUUGGAUUAGUCUGCCUGUGCAAUCUGUACCUGCAUGAACUUCGCAAUACCUGGCAGAUUCUGUUUCAUGUAACGGUGGCUGCAUUUGCUACUCUGCAGACACGGAUGAGGCAGCCACAGGGAAAAGCCCCAGACUACAACGUCUGAGAUUCUGUGACUAUGGAAGGCGCCUGUUUCAGGAGAUUUAUGAUUCCACAGGAAGCACAUGACAGUCUGGGACAAAGAAUCUGUUUCUUUUUUUUUUUGCAAAAACGUUUAAUGGGCCAAAGGGGGAAAAAUGUAUUUGAGUUCUUCAGAAAUGUUGACAAAAUACUGCCACUCUGAAACUGAAAGCUACUAAUCAAAUUUUGUGAAAACGAAUUUCUGUUGUCAGUUCCUUAAUAUCUUAUUGCUGCAAUAUAUGUAUAAACGUCCACCUGUUUCGGCAUGGAGCUAGAAAAAUCCUAGAUAUUGCAUUAGUUCUUUGUUCGGAUUGAACUGGUGUGAGACUUCUUCCCUUUUAUUCUUUUAAUUUUAUUUCCAGUUUAUUUUUCAUCUCUUCGGAAAGCACUGUUUCAUACUAGGGGUAUGACCCUGUGGGCGCUGGCAGCUCUGUCACCUUAAUUAGGUGACCAUCCUUCAUGAGAGAGGGCAGAUCACAAGGGUGUUGAAGGCUGUGCUUUCAUGUCCUGCUCCAGAGACUUGAACACAUACCGAGGGACUGUAAGGGUGCUGAAUCUCUGAUGAGUUGUUAUUACCAAGGCUCCGUCUUCUCCAUCUGCUGCAUGUUAUGGAUUCCAUGCCAUGAUUGCGAAAAAAAUCAAGGGCGUUCUCUCCUGUGUCCUAACCAAAAUUUGUCUUUCAACCAACAUCCCCUUUCCAGCCAGCCACUCUUAUGCCACUCCUUUCUGAAUUUGCCUGGAUUAUUUCCUCAGUUAAACUUGCCCUCAUUAGUUCUAAUAUUUGCUGCUCUCCCCAGAUUCCACUGAGGCAGGGGGACUUUCUGCCAAGCUUCCUUGCCUGUGCCAUCCUGUAACUCACUGAUAAGAGGCUGAAUACAAGCGUACCCCACAAUGUUUAUUUUGCAUUGACAUGCAGCUAUGAAGAAUCUAGUCUUUGUUUUGAGACUUUUACCUUUGAGUUUGUGAGCAAUUGCGGGAGUGAAUCCGCCGUCUCCCAGCCCAUGGCGCGGUGUCUUGCUGCACCUGCACAUUGUGUCACCGUACUGCCUGUUGGGAUCUAAAUUCUUUUCCGAUCAGGCAUUCACAGUUGUUGGUGAGAAAUAUGGUCUUUUAGAGAAAGUACAAUAUAUGCAAAUGUCUAUACACAGUACACAAAUAUGUUCCAAACUUUUGUAGAAAAUUGGUAAGAAAUAAAAUAAGUAAGAUAUA